AUUAGGCUACAUGCUCCCUUUAGGAGUUUCCCUACCUUAGUUUAUAACGCCUCCGCUAGACAUGCAGACUGUACAGACCUUAUGCACGACGCGUUUCACGGCAUCCUGCCUGGUCGCUAACCCGAGACCGAAGCGAUGUAACGUACCUAAUAUAGCUGAGACGGUCUGCGGAGCGAUCAUUCAGCAACUGCAGUACCUUUGCGACCAACCGAAGGCUGGCGUCAAAUUCACCGCUAACGCGACAUUUAGCAGUCACUUCUUGUCACAUCGUCGGAAACGACGUUAGGAACAUCGACAAGAUUAUGAGUAAGGCUCAGGCAGGGCGGCGGUCCCAGUCCGAUAGAUACAGUGCCGAGGAAGAUCAGCUAUAUGCUCUCGGCGAGGAGUACAUACUACGGGAGGAUGAGUUCGACGCUAUAGGUAGCACAGAACGGCUCUAUGCACCGCGUAGUAACGAGCUCUUGAAUAUGAUCGAGACGAAGUGGCAAAGUUACUGCCACUAUACCCGCAGAGACCCGACGAUCGAGCUCCAGCAGUUUCAUAUCCGCGUUAUCUACAGCUUCUUCCAUUGGCUGCUAGAGACCCGUCAGGGCAGGAUACGUAGCGCCAGCUCGUUGCAGACGUACUGGAACUCCUUAUGUCUGGUACGCCGACGUCGGACUGGCCUACAAAUUCUCGAGCCCAGCGUUAAAGACAGCAUGAUCGCGGUACGGCAGCGACUCGCCCGGAAAUUCAAUCUUAAGGUCGAGCGCCGGGCGAAACCUGUCGUGAACGUUGAUGACCAGCUGCAGCUAUUCAAGACUCUGUGGGGGUCUUCGCACCUUGCAUUUCCUCAUGAGCGGUUCCGUGUGCAGCUGGCAUUGAUAGCACAGCUCGCGGGCAUCACCGGCAACCGUCCGAGCGCAAUAUUAGGACUUCGCUAUGGGGACCUGAAGCUAUCGCUCCUACGUGAUCGAGGCCUCUCGGGAACCGCGAGGCUUCUUGUCGACGUCACUUUCCGGUCGACCAAAGGUUACCGAGGCCCAAAGGCGCCUAACACCUUCCCGAUACCUGAAGUGCCCUGCGAGCCGUGCCUGGCCCUUUGCCCGCACGUCGUCCUCUUGAGUCUGAUGUUCACGGACAAUGCCUUCGAAGAGCCCAUAGACACGCCGCAAGAUCUGUACACGCUGAGGGUCCCGUCCAACAGCUACGAACUUCGACUCCCUAUUCGUAAGUCGGUGGAGAACGUGCCCAUUUUCCGUGUGAUAGUUCAAUCUACACGAGGCUGUGACAUUUCCGAAACAGACGGGAUGGAAUACAGUUGGCUCAACCGGAUGUUCAAGAAGUGGGGAGAUAUCACUGGCUUAGAAUUGCCCUUGACGUCCUACGCGUUCCGGCGAGCGAAUGGCGCUGCUCUGGAUAGUAGCGCUUUCAUUAGUGAUGCUCAGCGCAACGUGAUGAUGCAGCACGCUACCUCACGCGUCUUCGAGAGCAACUACCUCUCCCACUACAUCUCUAAAGACUCGCAAGCGGCGUAUCGGGGCCUCAAUCCGCAGACGGAACUGAUAACAUUCGCUAGCGGCACCACAAGAUCACUCAAUGCUCAACAACCGCGGGAGUUGGGAGGCGCGCAACAGGCCCAAAUUGAGCGGCGUCCGGAGAUUCGCUUAAUACGGCGAACCUUGCAGCGCCUAAAGAGGCGUAUUCGUGCAAAGCAUAGGACGAUUAAACUCGCCGAGGGCACACACAUGGCUGAGCGGUACAGCAACCUCCGUAAGGAGCUCGCAAGGCACCGCAUAGCGUUCGGUCGCGAGUUGCUCCAAGAGCAGAGAGCAGGAUUCAGGGAGCAGUUUGCUCUGCAAGAGAUCGAGCAGCAGCUCAAGAGGCGAAGCACGGCUAGACGCGACGACAGCGCCGAGGACAGCUCCGAUACGGAUGGUGUACGCGCAGAAGAGCAACUCAGCGAAGAACGACAUGCGGCUUUGGAGGCGUUAUUCGCACGUGCAAAUAGCGACAUUGCUGAAGAUCGAAUCCGACGCAUCUUUGCUGUCCAUACAAGCCGCAUCUUCCAAGAUUGCGGCGAAGAAAGCAAGCAGUGA